CACAUCCAGUCAGUCCACUCGACAACAGCGCAGCCGCCGGUGGCUCCUCUCUGCGACCCCGUGGUGGCAAGGAAAGCAGCGUGGUGGUGUCUCUGUGGUGCCCGCGUGCCCCCGUGGAGCUAGGAAGCACGGUGGCGUGUCCGCUGGUGGCGGGAAAAAACUCGCGCGGCGACUCUCUCGGUGUGGAUUACUACAAAGGCAGGAAGGGAAGAGAGCGGCGAUAGAGUGACACCGGAUAAUCGACGCUCAGGCAUUAAAGCCAGAGGCUGAGCCUUUGGAAGCCCGAGGAUGACGCAAACGUCAACGUUGGCGGCGGCACUGUUCGCCUCCUCGCUCUUUUUCCUCUUAUUCACGACAGGUGACGCUGUCCAGUGCUACAUAUGCAGUUGGUCCCCGAGGAACCAGGCCAAUCGGACAGACUUCUGCACGCACGCAAACUUCAAUCCGGAAAAGAACUUCGCCCACGAAUGUUCCCAGGGAUGCGAGUUCUUCUCCCAGAACGACCUGAACGGUGACUUCGAGCACGUCCGGCGCAACUGCGCGCCCAGCAACCCUCCACACAAGGGUUGCCUGACCGAAACGAGCCGGGCUUGGACCACGGUGCGCUGUAUCUGCGACUCGGACUACUGCAACGCGGCGCCCCAGCAGCAUCGGACGACGGCCGCGCUUCUGCUGCUGCCUCUGCUGCUCGCAGCUGCCUCCAGAAUGCCCACCUGAACGCGUCCUCGAUGUUUCCUCCACCUGAAGAUUGGGGGCGCCCGUGUUUGAGGAAAAAAAAAAAUAAGGAAACGCCGGUUCUCUCUGCUCGUAGUCAGCCAUGCGGGCACCGAUAAAAGCUCGAGACUAUGUGUGUGUGUGUGUGUGUGCCAGCCCAGUGGGAGCUGCGAAUCGACUAAUCGAGGCUUCUUGAUUUGCUGUAAAUAGAUUACGUCUCACUUAUUACGCCAGUGCCAGCCCAACCGUACCCAAAGGCAAAAGCGGAGCCACUCAGCCAUGCCCCCAUUCGUGACUCUAUUGACUCCCGAAAUUUCGAGAUUGGAGCGACGUGUCUAAAUACUGAAUUCGCGAAUUCUACGGUUACUUCUGCGCUGCGAAGGAAAAUCAGUGAGCGGUUGACAUACGCGGACUGAUUCCCUACAAUUCACCGCUGUCAAAUUUUUCAUCUUGACUGCUCUAUCUUUUGAGAAAUAAAUUACGGGCUCUUACUAGUGAAAACAGAGAUAUGAGUAUGAGGCACGCCUUAACGGAGGACUACGUAUUAAUGUUCAACACUUGGGCUUACUUAACGUGAUCCUAUAUCUUAUAGCACACAGAUCGCAUAAACCGUACGAAAAUCCAUUGCUGCUACGAGACGUUGCCCUGGGAAAGAAGAAAAAAAUACGUAUUAUCCCGAAAAACAAAUUACGUAGACCAAGAUCGGCAAGGUUCCAUUGUAUAUGGGAGGGAACCACAUUUGUUAUUGCUGACAAAUUCCAGGCAAACGAUACCAAAAUAACUUCAAAGCUCGCCGGUGGGCGCUGUUGUUCACGCAUGUGUUCGCGAAGGGCUCUGCUCUUGCCUUUGCUUUUGCGGUGUUGUAUGUCUUAUAUCGCGCUUCAGGGUCAAUUUCUGCAGGAACAGCGCUAAGUUAUAAAUAACGUAUGUUUUUAGUAUCUGUUCGUUUUGUGACGUGUAUACUGAGGCGACAGCUUAUACUUGUCUUUCUCGUCGUUAUUCUAUUUGUGUCCCUCGUGGAACGCAGGAUUCGUAGCCUUGUUGUCUUUCAUUGUGCGGUUUGAUUUUGCAGGUAUCACGCUUACGGGUGUGCAGUGUGGACCGCUGCGGACGCAUGCAGGUUACCCUCUGUUUGAACACAUUUGUUGUUGAUACUGUCGUCAUCUGUGAAGCAGCUGCUACGCUUGAACUUCGGAGCCUUUGCGUCCGUAUAUACCCACAGAAAAACGUGCACGAUUCUUAGCAUUGCGUGGCUUCCUUAGAACUUAUAAGAGUUACCGGAAUAACUUAUAAGACAAUCGAAGAAACUGUCACUUUUUCCUUUCGUGUGUUUACUGCCAUGGGGUUUCACUUUAGAAACAACACGUGCUUGAUGGGUAUGACGGUACACCCGGCAGCAAAAGUUUACGGGACGUGGGCUUCACUGCAAAUGCGAAUUUUUCGCGCUGCUGGCGCAUAACGCUUCUAAUCUAGCAGGUUACUACAGGCUGAAAUAUUUGAUUGGAGGUUAUGUUCCCAGAAAAAGUGGUAACGUAUAUCUUUCUCGAAAAUAUCACGUCCCGCAAACUUUUGCCGGAGGGUGCAUCUUUGCGAGCACAAUUCAAAAGCAAUCAUAUAUUAGUAGCAAGCAUAGCUGCACGGGUGACCAACAAAGUGUUGUGUCUAAGAUUGGAUGAAAGCGUUGACCCUCGUUUCACGAUGCACUGUUUAGCGCUUCGUUUCCGUGUUUCUGUGUUCCUCUGCUUUGUUUCAAUGUACACAAGGCUGUGUCUACAAUUAAUUAUCGAAACUGCAAACACUUUCUUCUGAGCGAGAAAAGUCAACGCAAGCUUUUAUUUUUGAUCAGGUGGCCAUAACUACCGUUUAUCACCUUCUUGUUCGAUUCAAAUGUCACUGUACCGCAGCCCCCGGUUCUUGAGCAUUCGCUUGUGCUGCUUCCCAGUUUUUACGCGUAAUAUUACUCCGCAAAGCCAGCUGAUCCUCCAGAAAUGAAACAGGACAACGACACUACACAAGCUGUUAACUCUACAUAAUUGUUUUAAGGGCAAGUACGUUAACGAGGUGCGCACUGCUGAAUAUUGUCGCUGCGCGAUUUAACGUUUAUAUAGAACACGAGGUGAAUAGCGCACUUCGCCAGCAUAUACCGUGAAAAACUAAUCCUCAAGCGUGGGCGUCUUGAAUCUCUUCUCAUUGUAUAGUUUAGUACUUUAUCGUCUAAAAAAAACAAUUAAUGUGCUUUACUGCCAAAAACUGCCGCGGGUGUUUUCUCAAGCAAGUGCUUGCACUGUUACAGUUUCUGUACACCGCCACUUUCUCGAAGGUAAGAGCACGUGCUAAACGUACGCGCUGGUUCACGUAGAAGCUAUGUCGUGCGGGUUUACAGCGCCAUUCUCUGUCGUUUCGUGGGUAUCACACCAGUCUCCGCGUAACAAGUGUAACGGUGUCUCGUCGCCAGCACCUUGCCUACUUAUCCGUAAACUGCAGUGUAUAUAAUGACUUCCCGCACCUGCGCCUAUUGCUACGUUGUGGUUACAGGGUUACGGUUUUGCAGUCCACGUCUAAUGCAGAAAGCAUGUACAGUCCUUAGUGUAAGGAGAAUGGUGAACACGCAAAACUUCUUGGCGUUGGUACAUUCUUGAGCAUCUUGAAAACAACAACAAAAAAGAAAAAAAAAACCGGCACGGACGAGACAAGAUUAAAGGAUUUUUGCGCUGUUUCCAAGAUAUUCAAGAACUGUUGCCAGCUAGCCGAGUUGUCGAUUCCUCUGCGUCAGUGCAUCUGAUUCAAGAGUAUUGCAAACAUACCAAGUAUUAUUGAACGUGUUUCGCGCGAGAAACAUGUCUGUAAUACAGAAUGUGUUCUCCUUUAUGGCAGGAUGCUCCUCAAGUCGAAAGUCUCCACAGAUUAUAGUUUGCUUGUGCCACAGUAACGAUUCGUUGUCGCUGAGAAAACACACUUUGUUCUUUUAAUGAAUCGCUUAAAUCAAGAUCUCUCACCGAUGACAACACAUUUAAGUAGAGCUAUUAAGCAGCAGCAAACAAAAUGUGUAAAUCGUCCUAAGCACAUGCGAACAAGAAAUGCUGACUAAGCGUGCAAGCUGAAACCGCCGUGGGCUUUGUACAGUCCUUCAAGACCAAAAAAAAAAAAACAGCGCAGUAAGUAGGGCAAGGCACAGUGGACACCUCUUGUCCCGUUUCUCGCACUGUUUUCGUUCACGUGCCACCUAGCCCAGUAUCAAGUACCGACUAGCCCAACAACAAGCUCUCCUGCUGACCGUGAUGUAAUGCAGGCCUUUCACAAGCCCUUACCGUAGACUUAGGUACACCUUCCAGAUGACUUUAGCGCAUAUUUUUUUAAUAACCGGCGCAGCAUUUUUUAACCCGUAGUUGCUUUCCAAAGUGCGCAUUGCAGUUGCCAAACAUUACGUUGCGCAUUGCAGUUGCCAAACAUUACGUAAUUUCUCAUAGAGACAGGGUACACUUUUUGUCCCUCCUAGUUAUUGGUUAGGAUAUCAAUAUACACAGUAAUCAGAACUGAUCUUAGCAGCAGUUAGAUAGUCUAUAAUCCUCUUACUUAACAAAGGUCAUUACAGCUUUCGCAGAUACGUCAAGCGCGCGUAAUCAGUCCUAUGCUCCCCAUAAAGAAAAAAAUACAGUUGUACUCAGUGUUGCUAAGCAACGUAGCUUUGAGUACGCUUGAAGGAUCGUUGUCGUCCCACCGAAUUCUUCACGCAUGGUAACGAUGGUAUGGCAUACCAGACCACGAGGUCCAGUAAGGUAUUUCCACACAUUGAUAACGUCCAAACCAUGUAAUGUAGAUAGAGUUUAUUACGAAUAUAUGGGUUCGAUGGAGAACUCAUGUUACAAAAGAAAAAAAUAUCCCGCGGACUGGUCGAGGCAUUGUUGAGAGGAAUACAGGUGGGCACCUCCAUUAUCCUAAGCCUCAGGACUAGCGUUAGCUUAAUAAAAAAUAGAAACACAGUUAUGUUACGCUGCCUACCGAUGCCUACAAAUUAACGACAGUAUCUCUCUCUCUCUCUCUCGAUAAAGUCAUUUGAAAUGCUUGACGCACCUAGCAAAUUUAAAAAUUGACACUCGUUUUUCACUUAUCGGUUGUAAUACAUUUACGCAACAAGCCUUAAUUGCGCAUCUUAGAACGUCAUAAAAGCACACUCAUUUGCAACGCAAACUUCCGAAAACGUUGGAGGCAUAGUCGACAUGCGCAUGCUGCUGCGUGCUAUUUUUAGUCUUGCUCAAAAGCCUACACCGCCAACACCCACUCUGCCUUGCGCAUAGAAAAAAUGGAGUAACACAAAACAGCCACUGAAGUACAUGACUACAUAUUUACAGACAGCUUGAGACCACUUUCAGCGCUGGGAGAAAUGUAUUAACGCCACGUAUACCGCCGUAUACGUUGUUACGCCAGUGAUUACGGCUGCUGCGAUUCCAGCCUGCAGAACGACACUCAAGUUCUGAUGGUGUGAAGGUGAACAAUACAUUUUUCAAAACGGGCCUCAUUUGUAGAUGUUUCAGUUAUUUAAAAUUGAAGGGAAAAGGGGAAUGCUUUGUUUGCAGCCGGUUUCUGCGUGCCCCACACAUUGUGACUAGAAUUCUGCCGUCGAUUAUCGUAACGCUGUGUAGCACAAUUGUCGUGUUGUGAUAUACGUUUGUACCGUUGAGUACUUGUCUAUGCUUGCCGUACUGCCCAAAAUUGGUGUUAUUGUCGUAGCCUGCUCUGCAUGUACGGGUCGACGCGCGCGUCCCAUUGAAAUGUUUGUAAGCUAGUUGUACGGGUUGUGUACAUUCGUUGUGUUACCUUCCGUGUUUCCCCGCGAUCUUCGCGGAUGCCCACCAACUCGCCUGAGACAAACGUUUACGUGUAUAUCAACGCUUAGCGUUCAUUGUCCGGGGGUACCUUCUGCUGCCUGACUUAAGAAAGGCUUGCGAUCGACCGUACCUUUCUUUCUUUUCCUUCAAUAAAGCCUGGAUAUUGACGCACACUGAAA